AUGAGGGCCAACGCAGAAGAAGAGUUCCAUAAACUAUUUUUACAGGCUGAAGCUAUGGCUUCUGUAUUUGAACUUGAACUAGCUGUAAAAAGAAUUACAAAAAGGAUUACAAUUUUUAUUCCAUAUUUAGAGUUUUUUAUAAGCGAGUUGACUGAAAGAUUUUUAUCCCAUGCAUCUAUUUUUAAUGGAUUUGAAUGCUUAUUUUCUAAACAUGAGCUUACUGAAAAAGAUGAAGUUGAAUUUACUGAAUUAAUUAAAUUUUAUUCCCCAAUGGUGUCUAAUGAUUCUUUGGUUGAAUUAAAACUGUGGCGAACCAAGAUACAAAGAUCUGAAAGAAUACCUAACACCGGUCUUGAGGCACUAGAUAUUUGUAAUAAAGAUAUCUACCCCAAUAUUUAUUUUCUCCUUAAAGUUCUAUGCACAUUACCAGUGUCAACAUCAUCGCCAGAACGUUCGCUGUAUUCUUAUUCAAAAUGCCGGUAUAACAACACUUUGGCAUUUGCUGCUUUCUCCACCGACCUCAACACACGGCGCUUGACAGGUCGGGGACCGAAUGUGUUCACUGUUCAUGGGCAGGGAUAUUGGACAAUAAGUAAUGACUUGAUCGGGAACGAUCCUAUCCAACGCAGAUUCUGCCAGCUGUAUUUCGUCGAAUCCGGCGAGGCAAACCGGAUUCGUAGGGACCAGCUGCAAUUACUGCCUGCCGCACACCGUCUAUUGCCAAGUGUACUCGAAGACUUAGACGGGCUGUUACGGGACAUCAAUCCAUCCGCACAGGCUUUUGAAACAAUGCGAGAAGUGUGGGCUGCAGAAAACGCUCCCGGCAGAGAUCCUCAGUUGCUUCCAAGGAAAGUGAGAAUGCAUUUUGUCGCCGACGGAAAUGUGGACAGGAGACGAUACAACCCACCACCUGAAACGGUUAACGAAGUCGCAGUAGUGUUUGUCGGUGAUGACGGUCAACCGCCAACAAACGUCGAUCUGGUCAUUCACGACCGGAAUCCGAUUGACCCACAACAUCGUCAGCUACAGACCAUACCAGCCGGCUCUUCAAACGCGUAUCCAAUGUUGUAUCCCCUACUCUUUCCACGAGGAGAGCUCGGUUGGCAUCAACGCUUGCUACAAGAGGCCCCUCCCGUACCCCUGUUCGCAAUCGGAACAGUAUCAGGGAGUAUACUUGCUAUCGUCUUGCUAUUCGUUACAAUGGCAACAACGACACAAUCAACGAUACUAUGA